AUGGGGAUGAUUUUGCAAUUGACGUUGUUCUUGUUAACAUACAUGGUACAUUCGCUUACCGAUUAUACAUUAUCAUGCCAAAGAGGAUAUCGAAUAUCCGGAAUAAAGCGACUCAACAGUCCUAGGCAACGAGAUCAAGCAGGGUCCUUGAGUAUAGAAUGUCAAUCCAUUGUCGAAACAGACCUGGACUCAGUAAGUUCUGAAGAAUUCUACAAAAAUUGAACAGAUCACAUGUCAAACAUUAACCAGCACCCCUCAAUGCAACGGGCAAUUGGAAGGUUGUACUGGUUCACAAUGGCUUGCAGGUUUCCACGCGUACGCCAUCGAAAACAAUACAAAUGCCGUUUUGUAAGACUAAAGAAGACGCAUAGCAAAUUUGAUUUAGACUGGAUCCAGUCUGCUGUUCGUCAUCGAAAAUCAAUGUCGAUUCUUUAACUUGUGCUACUGAGCGUCUGAAUUCCCCUGUAAAACCGUUUGAGCACACAAUUCUAGGGCAGGACUUAGUGUAUCGGUAUGUUAUGUUCACUGAAAUCUGUAUUUGUAGCGGAAUGCAAUGCUGGCAUCAGUAUAAUGUCAACAAUACAUUGGUGGACCUAAUCUGGAAAGUGGAGAUUUGUCAGGCACAACCAACACAUUCUCUUUCAUUGGAUUCAAACCCAUGUAAGUUCUUGUACUCCUAUUACACGGAUUACAGUAACUGGUAGCUGCCCACCAUGCGAAUGCCACUGUGGGAUAGACACAUGUGGGAAUGGAAAUGAGCCCAUCAGAGUGACACAUAAGCAUAUGAAUACAGAAAACUGUGGCUGUGAUUGUUUGUGCAGAUACGAAUGUAUAUAG